AUGCUCGAGAAAGACACCAACGAAAAACCCUCCCUCUGGAUGUGCUACGGUGGCGGCGGAGGUCUAGGUGGAUACGGUGGUUACGACAACUACGUUCGACGAGUACGCUUCUUCGACUUCGACAUGGGCCCUGGUCGUGUAAAGACCUACAAACGUCUUGAAUGGGGUCAAACCGAAGAUAAGAUCGAUGAUAUGAUGAUUGUCGAUGGCGGUGCCGUCAAAGAUUCCAGCGAAGCAUAUUAG